AUGUUCUCUGCGAAGUACUAUGACGAUCCGUUCGACGACGACGACAAUGAUAUUUGCUACGCCGAAGUUGUGUCGGACGGUGACGACGGCGGCGCCGCUGCCGACGCUCGGCCACGCUGCACCUUUGCUCCUUCCACGGUUGCCUUCACCUCGGCGUUGCGUCGCACAAGCGAAACAGCGAAGAGUGGGUGCGGCGCCAGUACAGAGAUACCCCCCUCUACAGUGUACGGCUCGCGGAGCGGCAGCGGCCAAGCGGAAAAUCUGGAGUACGAGGCACAUAUUGAGCUGCUCCGCGCUGAACUGAAGACAGCCAACGCAGAAAACAGCCGGCUGACGGCCUUUCAGAGCAAACUGGAGUCAAGCGUGCGCAGUUUAUCUUUUGGAAAAGAGAAUGCCGAGCGGCAGCUGCAACAAGAGAAGGAACGCAACCGCGUCUUGGCGGACAAGGUGUCGGCGUUAGAGGAGGAGCUGAAGCUGAUGAUGACACAUGCCAGCUCUGCCGCGCACCACCGCGGUGCCACGUCCCUCGAGACGAGCAGUCUUCACGCCUCCGGAAGUCCUGAAGGGCCGCGCCCCGCAGCACCGCGAGCACAGCGACGCGACCCCAACACCCCUAUGGGGCAGUUUAUGGCAUCCGACACGCCGUUGGAGCUUUCGCGUAGCCUCGAGCUGAGCCGGUCAACAGCACGGUACGCACCGCCAGUGGACGGCAGCCGCAGCUCCUACGCCCUGGAGCAGUUGCACCACGCGCAAGCAGCUUACGCUGCGUCUCGCGGAGGGCCGCAUGAGCGGCAGGAUGGAUCGAUGAUGACAACAGCGUUGCCCCCUACAGGCCACACAAGCAAUGAGCCACAGGGCGCGGCGCCGCCACCUAGCCGACAGACGCUGCGCAGUCAGCGGGGGGCCACCGCAGUGCACGAAACUAUCGCAGCCCAGGAGCAGACCCGGAACCAGCAGGCUGCCGCAGUGCGGCAGCUGGAGGCGCAGCUACUCCAGCACUCGCAGCAGCGUGACGAACUGACGAAGCAGCUCGAGCGUCUCGAGCGCAUACGCACCCGCACGGUGGCGGACCGCAAAAAGAAGGCGGUGGUCGAACGUCAGCUCGAGGAUGAAGAAAAGGUCAUUGGCCAAAUCCGCCUCGAGCUGCGCUCGCGCUCUGCGCUAAUGCGCUAG